AUGGUUGUCCAGGCUCGCCGCAAGUGGUGGCACAUCCAGUGGUACGCAGACACCGAUACGCCAGAAGAGCGCAAAUUGAUCAACAGACUCGACCUCCUCAUCGUUCCGUACGCGGUGUUGAGCUACUGGGUCAAGUACAUUGAUCAAUCGAACCUGAAUAAUGCCUACGUCGCUGGCCUCAAAGAAGAUCUCGGGUUCAAGGGCAAUGAGCUCGUUCAGCUGCAGACAUUUUACAUCAUCGGGGCUGUCACUGGGCAGAUUCCGAUGAUGUUCGUUCUGACUUACAUCCCGAUUCAUUGGCUCAUUCCCUUUUUGGACAUUGCUUGGGGCGUCUUCACGCUCCUCCAGUACCGUGUUACUGGGUUUGCUGAGCUUGCCGCAUACCGCUUCCUGGUGGGCUGGUUUGAGGCUGCCUUCUUCCCAGUCAUGCAUUAUCUUUUUGGCUCCUGGUACCGUGGAGAUGAGAUCGCGAGACGUGGUGGCAUCUUUUACGUCGGUCUUUCACUGGGCACACUCACCGCCGGUCUGAUUCAAGCUGGAGCCUCGGCAAGACUCGACGGAGUGCAUGGACUUGCUGGUUGGAGAUGGAUGUACAUCAUCUGCUCGCUUAUCACCAUUCCCAUAGGCAUCUUGGGCUACUUCGUCAUCCCAGGCACCCCUGAACAACCCAACCGACUCGUUCUCAAGAGAGAAAGCAUCGAACUGAGCGUCGAAAGACUGAAACGCGCAGGCCACUCAUCUCAUGGAAAAUUCAAAUUUGGUAACUUGAAGAAAGUCUUUUUCUCGUGGCAAUUCUGGGGUAUUAUUGUCGUCGACGUUCUCUUCUGGAAUGCGGGCAUUCAUACCUCGUCUGGUAGCUUCUUGCUCUGGAUCAAGAGUCUCGGUCGUUAUUCAGCGGCCAAAGUCAACGAACUCGGCACUAUUGCGCCCGCCCUUGGUAUAUUUUAUACCUUGUUUAUUUGCUUCGCAUCCGAUCUCGUGAUGGGACCGGCUUGGGCAAUCACGUUGUCUAGUGCCUGGAACGCCUUGGGACUUCUCAUCUUAACUAUCUGGGACGUCCCGGAAGCUGCGAAAUGGUUCGCAUUCUCGACCAUUUACGCUUCAGUUGCACUGUCGAGUGUGUUCCAUGGUUGGGUGAAUACGCAAUUACGGUCGUCGCCGGCCGAAAGAUCCUUCACGCUCGUCCUCAUCAACGCUAUCUCCCAAUCGUCUACGGCAUGGACACCGCUCUUGGUCUUUCCCACGGUCGAAGCACCUCGGUACCCGAAGGGCUUUGCAUUCACCCUGGCUUGUGCCAUUCUUCUCAUUGUCGCGACUCACAUCUUGCGCAUGUACAUCAAACGUAGAGACCCUCAACUUGAGAACUCUACCGGGUUUCCCGAGAGUGAUCACGAAGACAUAUCAACUAUUGAGAACGGCAAGCAGCCACCGGUCGCAGUUAGUGGAAGAGAUGAUCGAAGCGACUGA